CACAUGAUCCAACCAGUGUGUUGAUGCAGUCCCGAGGAGGGAGGAGACAAGGAGGAGUCAGCAGGGAGAUUAUAAAAGCAUGUACGCUGUUGCUUGUUAGCCACCUUCCACGCACUUUCUAUCAGGCGUACCCCUCCCCACGACCGUCCUCUGCGGCUUCCGAAGCAGUGGGUCAAACAACGACGCUAACACUGGAGCUGUAAAAUCAACAACGGGGGGCAAAAUCCCUUUGAAUCUGACGACUUCACCAAAAAUGGAUCCCAUCUCAUUGAUUCGUCAUUUAAUUUUGAUUCCUCCCCAAGACAUGACAUGCCUUCCAGCCAGCCUAUUGACAUUCCUGAUGCCAAGAAGAGAAACAAAAAGAAAAAGCGUUGCCGGGCAACUGACAGUUUCUCUGGACGAUUUGAGGAUGUCUACAGACUGCAGGAAGAGGUACUAGGAGAGGGUGCUUAUGCCAGAGUGCAAACAUGCAUCAACCUCAUCACCAACAAAGAAUAUGCUGUUAAGAUCAUCGAGAAAAGACCAGGUCACAGCCGCAGCAGAGUCUUCCGUGAGGUUGAGAUGCUCUAUCAGUGCCAGGGUCACAGUAACAUCCUAGAGCUGGUGGAGUUCUUCGAAGAGGAAGACAAGUUCUACCUGGUGUUUGAAAAGCUUAGAGGAGGGUCAAUCUUGGCACAAAUUCACAAGAGACGCCACUUCAGUGAGCAGGAAGCCAGUGUUGUCGUGCAGGACAUCGCCAGUGCUCUAGAUUUUCUGCAUAACAAGGGAAUGGCACAUAGAGACCUGAAGCCUGAAAACAUUCUCUGUGAGCGUGCGGACAAGAUUUCCCCGGUCAAGAUCUGUGACUUUGACUUGGGCAGUGGGAUCAAGCUGAACAGCGACAGCUCACCCAUCUCCACCCCUGAGCUCCUCACCCCUUGUGGCUCAGCAGAGUACAUGGCACCUGAGGUGGUUGAGGCCUUCAGUGAGGAGGCCACAAUUUAUGACAAGCGCUGUGACCUGUGGAGCCUUGGAGUCAUCCUGUACAUCAUGCUGAGCGGCUACCCACCGUUCGUAGGCCGCUGUGGUGGUGGCUGUGGCUGGGAAUUGGGGGAACCCUGCCACACCUGCCAGAACACUUUAUUUGAGAGUAUCCAGGAAGGAAAAUACGAGUUUCCAGAGAAAGACUGGGCUCACAUCUCCUCAAGUGCCAAAGACCUAAUAUCCAAACUUCUCGUUAGGGACGCCAAAAACCGCCUGAGUGCCAGCCAGGUGCUGCAGCACCCCUGGGUGCAGGGGGGUGCAUACGAUACUCUGCCGACCUCCAUCUUACAUCAAAGAUCCAGCAAUGCCAGGGAUCUGACAUUCUUUGCUGACAAGGCCAUGGCUGUGAAUAGACAGCUGGCUGAACAGGAUGGCAUGGAAGACCAGCAGCAGCAGGAAGUCCCAUUUGUUGUUACCGCUACUGGCUCUUCAAUGAGACUCUUUCCUCCUUCCAACUCCAAGCUUGCCAGGCGCAGGCAGAGAGGCAGCCAGCCCACGGGAGGGCCCGUCUCUGCUGCAGAGCUUCGUCAACUCUUGGCCCCUCUCGUUAUUGUGGGAGACUGUGCCUGAACUUUGUCAACCCUGACCUCCGACCUUCCGUUAAGAUUCAAGUCCAGAUCUAAGACUGCCCAGAGACUCUCCCUCUCCAGUCCUGGCCCUUCUCUCUGACUCUAGCUGGCCUCGGCUCCUCUGCCAUUCAGGCUUUAUUGCCUCGCUGUAAUGGGUGUUGCUCCUCGCAGCCCUUUUCUAUAAAUGCCUUCUGCCCUUCUGCAGCACUUCUGAAGCACAUCAGCCCAGGGCCUGCAUAUAGCAAACACACACAUGUGCAUGUCAGGGUUUGGGAGGAGGGCCAGUUAAUGAUAUGGGGGAGAGAGAAGUAUUUUCUAAGUUAUGUUCUUUUGUUUCAUAAAACUCAGUUUAGAAGAAAUCAGAACACUUGUCUUCAAAACGAAGCUCAGACACCAAAGGACAACCUGUUGUGCUGCUCCCACGUUACAACUGGAUCCACUGUGAAUUAAGUUAUCUGGAAUGUUCUCUUUGCCUGUAUGUAUAUGCAUGAAUGGCCCAUCUGCAGAUACGUACAAGCUUAUGCAAUAUGCCAAGAUGAAGGCUGUACCUGUCUCGAAGGGAUUCAGUAUAAGGGGUUGGAAGGGCUGUAAGCCAAUGCUGUCCGUGCCUGGUGCGGUCCAUUAUUAUGUGGCUGGGGACUUCAGAGAUUGUUUUUUUUUUUUUCUUCCUCCAUUUAAGAAAAUCCUCAACACUGAGCCUCUUCUGUCUGAGAUAAAACUCGCACUCAUCUAGCUUGGUGGCCAUGCACUUACUGCUCCCAAAGCAAUGAAUGUUUGUCUGUACCCAGCCAGCCAUUUCUUACUUACUGUUGCACCGACUCAUACAGUCUACUAUAUGAGCAUAUAUGCUGAAUUAUCAGUGGCUACACCUUUCAGUGUUUUAUAUGUGACCAUCAGGCAAGUCUAAUAGUAUUAUUUAAGCUAUUGCACUUGGGUUAUGAUGCAGGGCCAACCACAAAAUGACACUUCUGGGCUCGCUCCGGAGUUUAUCUGAUAUGUUGGUACAAGCUAAUAAUGUUAAAUGGCUCUGGUCGGUUACUUCAUUGUAAAGAAUUCAUGAGAUGUCCCUUCGCCACAGCUGGAACUUGUGUUUUGUUUAUUUAUUUUUUUUUCUUUUUCCUCUGCAAAUCAGUUUAUGCAUUACGAUUUUGAAUAUUUUGGCAGUAAAGGUUAGAGCCCCAACCAUGGGUUUGAAAAGCACAUUUUGGCCAAUGAGACCCAAGUGUCAUUUAUUGAUUGAAUACAUUUAUCUGGAUUCUUUUUUUUCUUUCAAGGGUUCACCAUUGUCUUGUUUUUGAUUAGACAGCCCUUUCAAAAUAGCGACAUUAUAAAAUAAAGAGGCAGUAGAAAACUCUCAAAAGACACUUAAAAAAAAAAAAAAGGAAAAACAUUCCACAAAAAGAAAAACAAAAAAAAGUCUUCCACGGACGUGUAGCUGUAUUAAGUUUACCUUAUUUUUCAUGUUUGAGAACUCCAUGUCAAUGUGCCACACUGAUUUUUUUUCUCCCCCCCCCCCUUUUUUAUGGCUGUUAAUAAGCUUUUAUUUACUUUAUAUGGCAAUUUUCAUGCAGGUGCUGUUCAGUUCAGGUGAAACACCGGAUGUUUUCUUUAAGUUUUUUUAUUAUUUUUUUAUGUUUCUGUUUUUAAAAGUUCAGAGUAUGGUGUAUGAUGAGGUGAGAUGGAAAGUUAAGUUGAUCUGGAGCGUUCAUGCCCAGUGAAGGCGAGUGUUAAAAGUUUUAUUUUUUUAUGUAAGAGUUGGCAAUAAUUUUUUUUUUUUUUUGUUGUUGUUGUUCAAGUUCAUUAAGCUCAUUCUAAAACUGACAGGUAAUGGACAGGUGAUGAGGUCUCACAACACUGUAGCCAUUUCACCAAAGAGGGUUCAAGUCAUGAUAUUGAACAUAUGAUCCAUCACCUAGCAGUGAGAAGUGCGGACUUCUGAUUGUCCAUGUCCUGUUGCCAGCACUGCAGCGACGGUACUCUGGAAAUGGCUCCCUUGGUGUCAAAGGACCCAUUAUGCUGAUAAUAGGACACUGUAAUAGUUCUAAAAUACCUUUCUACAGAUGCAUAGUUAUGGGGGUUUAUGUCUUAUAAUAAGACUUACUUGAAUUUGUGUAUGCAGCUGAUUCUUCUCCAUUUGGGAAACUACUUUGCUAUCAGUAAUCUCAAACCAUUACACUGAUGAUCAAGGCAAUCUUGGGGUUUUCAAAAUUACCAAUAUCGUUCAGUAUUCUGCCUUUUUCUCCCCCCGCCCCCCCCACCCCCCCCCCUUUUUUUUUUUUUUUUUUUUUUUUUUUGAGCAUCAUACAAGUUGGUCCCUACUUUUUUGAUAGGGUUGGAUACUCAGAUACGCACAGACUUUGGCCAUACUCUGUAAUAUCCUGAGCGGUAUAAUACGAGUUUUUGUGGUCAUGACCAUUUCUACUUCUUGUCAAAUGGCAGUAGCUUUUUGGACUGCCUUUUAUUGGGGGGGGGGGAAGGGAGACAAAAUGAUAUCCUUAAGCCUCACAAUUUUUAUACUGUCAUUUUGAAGUAAGGGAGUGUUAAAACUCAGUCAUUCAUUCAAAUGGACAGUCCCAUCAUCAGCCUCCCCACAAUUUGAAUGUAGCCCACAGGCAAAAGCAUUUACAAUCCAGCAACAUUGAUCAAAUGUUUUAUAAGUUUAUUCCAUGGACAUGGUGUGGGGUUACUUCUGUCUAUGUUGAUACGGUCUUCAAUCUUUUCUUUGGAGGAUUGACACCUGAUUUUAACACUGUCUGAGUCUCCCCAAGCCCAUUGUGUUCAUCGGAUGUAAUCUGAAAUAAAUGCAUCCUUUUUAAAGUACAAAAAAAUAUUUUGAUUUAAAAUAAGCACUUUACUGUACCAUGUGAAUGAUUGCAGUUCACUCAGCAACAUUUAUGACAGUUGCUACAGAAUUUUGUAUUGUUUUUCUAAAAAAAAAAAAAAAAAAAAAA